AUGAACGAGAACGUGGCUAUCUUUAUUGAGACAUGUCUUAAGAAGAUUGAAUAUCCAGAUGAUAUUGAUCCAAAGACAACAAGUCAGAUCAAGGAAAUAGCCAAAAAUCAGACUUUGCGAUUAUUAACUUUUGCAGAGGCAAAUCGCCAAAUACAAUCAAUUCUUCCGGGAUGCAAAAUUAGUGUGUUUAUCAAUGAUGUUCUAGCAACGUUAUCAGAUCCAAUACCUCCAAAACCAGUUGAGAAGAUGCCAAUUUCUCUUAAAAAAAUUCAUGGAGGCGUAUGGACCGAUUAUGAAGAUAAAAGACUAAUUGCAGCAGUUCUAAUGUUCGGGAAAGGUGAUUGGGCCAAAGUUUCGGCUUAUGUUGGAAACGGUCGGAACAAAUUUCAAUGCUCGCAAAGAUGGAUUCGAUCUUUAAACCCUACAGUCUCGAGAUCUCCAUGGACAGACGAAGAAGAUAAGAAGCUCAUUGAAGCUGUCCAGAAAUUCGGGCAAAAAUCUUGGAUCAAAAUUUCAAAAUAUGUUGGCUCAAAAUCAGACGUUCAAUGCAGGUAUCACUGUAAAUAUGUAUUACGAUGCACUUUAGGAAAGAAACGAAAGCCCACUACUAAAAAUAAAAAAGAAAUCACAAAUAUCAUAGAACCUCAAAUUAAAGAAGAUAUUGAUCCAUUUAAAUUCAUGGACCAAUUGAAAUCCGAUGAGGAAUAUAUAAAUAUGUUAUAA